AACAAAAAUUUGUUUGAACAACAAAAGCCCAGUAGUCAUUGUUUUCUGCGCAUUUUAGUGUUGUGUUUACGUGUACGUGUUUGCUUAAAGCUUGUAAUUGAUCAAUCUGUUCGACAUUAAUUAUGUUUUCUUGAGCGUGCAUCUAUAGAAAAACAAAAUAUUGCAUUGCAACUAAGUGAAGCAAUUAAAAUAACAUUUUUGUGAUGGGUGACACUUCGCCUGUCACUUCGAAACAGACAUUUAAACGAGUGGAAAUACACUUAAACAGAUUCAACGAAGUCGCAAUACCUCAUCAUGUUGAUCUACUCAAAAAACAUAAGUUGAAUAUUCAGAAGUUCCAUCAGGCUGGUGACUGGGAUAGAGUGAAUCAAGAACAGAUUAAUGCUACAAGGCUGGUAAAGCAACUGAAAGCUCUACUGUCUGAAAUAGAUGCUUUGCGUUUACAAGUACGAGAUGAAGAUAUUCAGAAGUUUGAUCGUUCCGUAGCUGUUGCGCGGCAAAAUGCUUUGAGUGCUAUAGAAGACUAUACAGACAAAAAACUUUCGCCUAUUGCGUGUUCACCAAGGAGAUUUUCUAGUCUUGAUAGUUCACCAGAGGAGGAGACCAAUGUUCAGGAUGUGUUCAGUGGUACUGCGGAAUUUGAAGUCAGUAUUGCAGAAGAAGAAUUAGAGAAGAAAAGAGAAUGCCUUGCAUCAUAUGAUGCUCUUCAAUCAGAAGUGAAGAAUAUUCAUGAGUUGUUUCAAGACUUUUCAGAACUAGUUAAGGAACAGGGAGAAGAUGUGGAAGAAGUUGAGAAGAAUGUUGAAACUACAGACAAAAAUGUUAAAGAAGGAACAAAGUUCUUGGCAAGAGCAGCUCGCUAUAAAGCAGCUAUGUAUCCAGUUGCAGGAGCAUUGAUUGGGACUUGUUUAGGUGGACCAGUGGGUCUUGUUGCUGGGCUCAAAUUUGGAGGAUUAGCUGCUAUUGGUUGUGGUGCAAUUGGUUACACUGGUGGGCGGUUUUUGAAAAAGAAGGAAGAAGCCCUUGCAAAGUCUGAUAUUGAACUACCUACAGUGCGGUCUCCACCACCGACCAUGAAAACCUCUGUUUCAUUGCCACUUAUUACUAAUCGUCCUGGUGACCUGUCAUCCUGAUGUUGUCUGCUGUAGCACUUCUUCAGUGCUACUUAAAUAUUUUCACAGCCUCUCUGAGAGACAUUUUUGAAAGUGACAACUUAUUUUGAUGCAAGAGAUUGCUACUUUUCUCUGUGCUUAAUGGUUCUGCUGCACAAAUGUUAUAGAGCCAAGAUGUGAUUUUUGAAAUUUGUAAAGAGAGUGUGCACAUGUGAUGUUGGAGUUCUGUUACUUGUACCUGGUAAUGAAACUAGUCUCAAGAAUUGUUGUGCUACAAUUUAUGUAAAUACUUAUAUGAUACUAAGGUUGCAUUCAUCAUCGAUGAAUAAGUAUCAUGAUGUGAGAUAAAAAAAAAACCUGUUCUUCAUAUUUUGAAAUGAUUGAGUGAGGACUCGCUGCAGUGGAAACGGUACAGUUAACUAUGCUGAAAUCUCUCUCUCUCUCUCUCUCUCUUUCUCUCUCUCUCUCUCUCUCUCUCUUUGAUCUGUUCUUUUUUCUUUCUCAUUGAAACAUAAUGUAAAUGAACCAAGUGUAUCCCAAAAAACAUUGCAGUUUUAGAAAGUGAAAGAUUUACUCCAAUUCAUUACCAGUUUCUGUGCACAAGAACCGUUUGAGACAAAACAGUAUUUCCUAUUCUCCAAUCUGCAACAGUUUGCAAGAAAUCCUGCCUCUUAAGUCAGAGGAACUCUGUGAAAGGGAAGACACUAAAAAAAGAUCUUUCACAUAAUCCAGCUAAAAGAAAUCACAUGGGGUAACAUCUAUUCAUCUCAUAAGCCUAGGGAGUGUAGUGACACAAUCCCAAAAAUACUCAAACAUGUAAUAAAGUGGUGUAUGUCAUUAUUCCCAAUAGGUGGAGGCAGGCGAGAGAAUUGUCUCUGUUGUUCAUGCCGUGUCCUGUAUCUAGACAGUAAUCAGCAAAAGUAAAAGUAAAUUUUUUGUCCGAUCUAGUCUGGUGUGACAUCUAUGUUUGUUGCAUCUGUCAUGUGGUUUGAUGCCUGUUGGUCAAAAUACGUG